GGACUUGCUGUUGCGAUUUUAAAUGAAAUAAUUUUGAAAUGUCGCUGCAACCGGGUGAAUUACUUUGCCGAGUUUGCCUCCAGCAGGACGAACUCCUGGUGGACAUUUUCGAAACCGUGGAGGAGCUGCAAGCGGAUCUGAGCACAUUGCUAGAAACUUGUGGCAACAUUAAGGUGGGCCGUACCGAUGCGUAUCCAAAGUAUCUGUGCCAGGAGUGCACCAACGAGCUGCUCAUCGCGGCCAAGUUUCGGAAAAAGUGCGCGGAGACUGAGAAAAGAUUGCGGGAUGAGACUUUCAGGAUAAAUAUGGACACCGCAGAACUUGUGGUGGCGGAGGAAAUCAUAAUUUUCGAUCCGAAUGACUACAAAGUGGAGCCGCACUCUCCUGGUGAGGAUGGUGUAGAGGAACCUACUGAAAUUUUGAGAUCAAACUGCUGGGAUUGUGGAGCGGUUUUUCAGCUACCCGCAGCCCUACGUCGGCACAUCGAAAAAGUUCAUACCUCUGUUAUCAUAUACGAUUGUGAGAAGUGCGGAGGAUUCUUUACAGAAUUCCGUAGCUACCAGAGUCACAAGUGUCCCACUUCCGGAUUCCAGAAGGGCGAACACAGUUGCUCGGAAUGUGGCAAGUGCCUGCAAUCCUCCUCCAGUCUGGCGGUGCACAUGCGCCUGCACAGCAACGAGAGGCCUUUCACCUGCGACUUGUGUCCCAAGACCUUCAGGACAAAUGCACUAGUAGCCCAUCAGAGGCGCCACCAACAGCUGUUGCAGUACAAGUGUCCGCACUGCGGACGCGGUUUUGUGGAGUCUAGCAACCUGCGACGCCACAUAACCGCUCGUCACACAGGUGAACGUCCGCAUCCAUGCACCAUUUGUCAGCGUAGCUUCUCCAGGGUCUACCUGCUGCAGCUGCACCUCAGGACGCACACAGGCGAACGACCCUACGCCUGCGAUCAUUGCGACAAAAGGUUCGCCCAGCUGGGAGUCCUUAGGAGCCACGAAAGGAUCCACACCGGUGAACGGCUGCACCGCUGCCAAGUGUGCGAAAAGACCUUUACGCGGGCGGGGCAGCUCCGAAAGCACGAGAUGCGUCAUGAAACGAUCUGAUAGCU